CUAUGACGCCGCGCGCGCACUCCACACACCGACCUCAAAUUUGAACCCCGAAUUCGAAGUGAUGUGUACAAAAAACUAAAUUCAAAAUUAACAAGAAUGUGUGUGUAAACAAUACAUAAAAAAAAUAUAUUUCCGCGAUGUCUCCCCUAGUGUUGAUCUUGCUGAGUGCGAUCCUAGUUAACAGUGCCGAACUACCUUCUAGUGAGCCAAAAGAAACCGCUAGGGAAGAAAAACUUAGGAGUGCUUUAAUCGACGCCUUUCAAAACAUUAAAAAAGCUUCGGCUAAAGGCGGAUUCGACGAUGAAAGUCCCUUAAAUUCUGAUUUGAUAGGAUCUCUAAUAACCAAUCCCGAACCGAAACACGAUAAAAUUAAACCUACGACGGAGGAUUUCGAUCUGUUCUCGGACGAUGAUGGACUCACAUUUGCUGAAGCGUUCGACAACAUUGAGCCGGAGCGUAAAGCUUCUAGCACUGAAAAGUCACAUAACGUUCAACAUAUAGUUAAAACAACUACAAAAAAUCCUACUGAAAAGACAACAUCUAGGCCGAACAAAGAUGGCAUUCUAAGUAGACUAAGCGAUUCCAUCGAUUCGAUACGUAACACUUUGAACGAAACGAGGUUGUCGCAGAAAAAGGAAGUAGUGGAAAAUAUGACGGAGAGUCUCGGCAUUGAGAACAUGCUGCGGGUGUUCGAUGCCGAGAUACUGGUGAAGCAGUGGACGGAGCUGCAGAAGGUGGUGGCUGGAGGAUGCCGGGAGGAAAUGCAGCAGUACGUCACCGGAUUGAUGAAGAAGGAGCUCUGGGCGUUGAAGAUGGAGGACGCCAGCGGGCGCUACACUACCAUGUUCUACUGGGGCAACAACUACUGGACCGGCUCGGCGGAGCUCUGCCGCAUCCUCAACCAACAGCACUCGCCGCCCAACAACAACAACAAAUCCAAAAGCUCGCAGAUCUUCAGCGAGUGGCGCGAAGACGUCUCCAUGACCGGCCUGGGCCCGCCCUUCGAGACUGCCUUCUACACCGUACGCCUGACCGUCUCCACUGACCUGACAGACAUCAUACGGACGCGCCGCACGCUGCACCUCGGCCUAUGCCUGCCGGCAUCAUGCGCAAGCGACGCGGUGACGUCACUGGUGAACGCCGCACGCGCGCCGCUGCUGCGGCACACGGUCGCCGCGGUGCGAUCACCUGAUGCCAUGCAGUACAGCUAUAUCGAGGAUCCUACCUUCCAAGUGCUACUUGGCGUGUGCUGCGUGGUCGGGCUGCUACUGGUGAUAGCGACUGCGUACGACAUGCAGCUGGCGCGCGAGGUGCGCCGGCGCCGACGACGUGCUGCUAAUAUGCGCGGAGACUCCAGCGAGAACAGCUCCCGUGAUCUCAAGCUCGACUUGAAUGGACUUGAUGGCAUUACUGUUUCUAAGGGCAAAUCCAUGUACAAUGUCAACAACAAUAUUGCAAUCAACAACAGUAGCAAUACAUCCGAAGAACGUCUGACUGGUGAAACUACUUCCACUGAUGAGGAACUUAAACUUAGUGUAUGGUCCGAGCUGCUUCUCUCAUUCUCGAUGAAGGCCAACGUACUCCAGAUCUUCGACCAAUCAGUGGGAUCGGACACAAUCCCCGUGGUUCAUGGCCUCCGAUCUUUGUCUAUGGUGUGGGUGAUAUUUGGACACACCUGCAUUGUCGUGUUCAAAUAUGCAGAUAAUACAGCAUUAAGAGCUAUUUUGGAGAAGAGCUUCUGGUUCCAGCUUAUUCUCAGUGCGGUGUACAGUGUCGACACUUUCUUCUGUCUUGGCGGCAUGCUGGUAUCGUUCCUGUACUUCCGAACAAGCGCUAAAGGCAAAUUGGAUCGGUUGACAAAGGGUAGAAAGAACUUCAUGUCUGGAUUUCUACAAUUUAUGGGUCUCAUGGGUUAUAGGUUCGCCAGAUUGACAGCUCCAUAUCUCUUUAUGCUUGGCGUAGUAGAAGUGACGAUGAAAUGGUUCGCAUACAACGCUGUGUUCGAACCUCCAGCAAUGGACCACGAGACUUGCCCCAAGUAUUGGUGGAGGAACUUGCUUUAUAUCAACACUCUCUUCCCAGUGGAACAAAUGUGCAUGCUGUGGAGUUGGUACGUCUCUGAUGACACGCAGUUCUACGCCGUCAGCGCCAUCCUUCUCAUUCUGGCCAACAGCCACUUCAAGGUCUCAGUGGGUCUCACCGGAGUAUUGUUCCUCUCAUCGUUGGUCACCACCGGCUACGUAUCUUGGAAUAACGACCACAUACCCAACAGCGAAGAUCCGUUCACACAGUUCGACAAGAUCUAUGACAAACCCUGGACCAGACUUGGACCGUACUUGGUCGGCAUGGCGGUUGGGUGGAUACUCUUCAAGACCAAUUUGAAAAUUAGGAUGAGCAAAAUAUGGGCAUGGGUGGGCUGGAUAAUUUGCACAGCGACACUGCUAUUCCUGAUCUUUGGGCUGUACAAGACCGAACUAGGCGUGGUCUCUGCCGCGGUAUACAGUGCCCUAUCGCACUCGCUGUGGGCCGCCUGCAUCGGGUGGAUCAUCAUUGCUUGCUCUACAGGACACGGAGGUUGGGUAAGCCCGCUGCUAGCAGCGCCGAUCCUGUACCCCUUCUCCCGCGUCACGUACUGCACGUACCUCGUGCACCCGGUGGUGCUCCGCUACGUGGCCAUGCAUUUGACACAUCCCAUACAUUUGGGAGAACUGCUCGUGUUCGUCCUAUUCCUGGGGUUGACGGUGAUAUCAUUCGCAAUAGCGCUAGCGGUAUCUGUCGCAUUUGAAGCUCCCAUCGUCACGAUGCUGAAGAUCCUUUCUCCACAGAGGAAGCCGCACAGAGUCUGAUUAUAUAAGGCUGACAAAACCAAUCGAUGAAAAUUAUCGAUGACAAAAAGAGUGAAAAAUUCUGUUUAUCUAUUUUAAAAUUACGAACGUUAUGAAAAUCGAAAAAGUACCUAAGUAUCCUCAAUUAAUAAAAUAUAUUGCAAGUGGCGACGUGAAAAUAGAAAACUGCUUCUAGCAUGAUUAAUUAUUAUAACAAUUUAAAAUGGUACUUACUUUAUUAUAUCCUGAUGCUAUCAGAUUGAAAGUGAAUGAAAAAGUUUUUAAAUUGGGAAAUGUUCUUAUUUUAAAAUAGACUACAAAUCGAUACCUCUUACAUCAAUUUAUAAUUUUUAUCUUGAAAAAUAAAGUGUUAUAAAAAGAUACAUGAAACUUGAAAAGACUUUACGAGAUGAAGGAGAAAAGCUCAAUUGUGACUUUAUUGAAGUUUGGUUACCAUAUUAAAAUGGAACGAGUCUGUUAUCAGACUAGUGAUCCUCAUUGUACAAAGUGUAGAAAAUAAUAUUGUUAUAUUAGCAAGAAAAGUAUUCAUAAUAUUCUAUUUUCUGUUAUGUAAAACUUUUUAAAAUAUAAAUACUUACAUGAGUAGUUCCAUUUUAAAGUUCAAAAUCUACCCAGCGAGAAACACAGAGCAAAAAAACAUUUAUUUUUUUAGGGUUUUUGUUUCUAACCGACACAAACAAUUAGGUACAAUGGUUUUUAACAUAAUACAGAUUUAUAAAAAGUGUACCAAAAUAAAAUACUUGCAAUUAAAUAUUUGGAAUGUACUGAGAUUUGAAUUAAAUAUUAAUCUUUACUCUUAGGUCCUUAUUUAUUUUAAAACAAAAGCAGAAUUGUGAAAAAAGGAAUUUUCAUAUUAAUACUGUAAGUGUUUAAAAAAAAAUAAUGUAAGUUGCGAUCAUUGUUGUUUUUAUGACAAACAUAAUGGUGUUUCUUUAUUAUCCAAAAAUGUACAUAAAUUGUAUACUUCUCGAUGGAUUCGUUAGAGGUAUACAUAAAGUUAUGUAAAUAGUUUGUAAAUAUUAUCGUAGCUGUAAGUUUCUACUGAUUGUAAUAAUAUUUUUAAUACAAAAUAGAAAAUAAAA